AUGGCUACUGAUGUCCCAGAUGCCCACAGCCUUCAAUCAUGGCACGAGGCAUUUCAACAUCCCAUCCUGACAGUGCGACGGGUGGAGCAGGAACUCCGGCGCGACAUCGCCAGCAACAAGGACAAGCUUCGUUCACUCGUCGGGGUGAGAUAUCGAGAACUCCUAGGCACCGCGCAGACAAUCGUUGAGAUGAAUGAUGACAUCCAGGAGGUCGAGACAAAGCUAUCAGACAUUGGCAGGAGAUGUAAUUCCCGCUUGAUAGAGAAGCAAUCGGAUACGGGAGACUUGGAUAGAGGCGUCGAUGAUAGAGCGAUCGCUGCGCAACUCGCCCUCCUCCAUAAUUGCAUAUCGACCAGCUACAGACUGUUCCGAAAACAUGGCUCGAACUUCUUGAUCGCAAAGCUCUUAGUGAUAUCGCGACUUCUACACAAAACCCUUUCGCAAAGCAACUGCGCACCCGUGUUCCUCGAAAACCUGCGAAAUCAGCUAGCUUCACUCCGCAGGAGUCUGCUGAAGCGCAUCGACCGCAGGCUAGCUGCUCCCAACCAUUCAACCCAAGAAAUCAUUGAGACAAUGUCAGCUUAUUGCCUUGCGACGAGUUCCUCUUCUACUGAUGUACUUCGCCACUUUCAUCAAGUCCGCCUGGAGGCUAUUGAAUCCGAACUUCUAAGGGAAAGUCCGAGUUUCACUAAUAUAGAAGAGAGCUUGAAGAUGUUUUUGCAGACCCUACAACGCACGUCAGAGUUGCUUUCCGGAAGUCUUUCUGAUGCCCUUGGAAAAUUAACCACUCACCCCGUUCUCAGUGAUCCUGAUGUGCGAAAGCUAGAUGGCCUGGGAAUUGUUGUAUUUAAACGAUGGGUCAGCAAUGAUAUCAAAAACUUUACUCCGUGGGUGAAGCAUACCAAUCCAUCCAAGUCGGAGACUGGGAAUACGAUAAAGGAUUGGUCUAGAGAAGCGUUUGGAAAGUUGACCAAUGGCAUGUGCAAGAAUUUGGAACGAUCCCAGAACUUGAAGGACAUUUUGAUUUUGCGACGGAAUCUAUUGAAUAUCUGGCUACCAAUUCAGAGCUCGACUCCCUGCCAUUCAUCGCUGGAGAUACUUGAGGGCCUCUGUGGUGCUGUGAACAAGCAACUCAUUACCACUCUCCACGCGCAAGCAAAUGGGCUUACUCUACUUGGGCAUGGAAUCUCAUCUACAAUUAUGAACUGGAGUGAUGAGGAAGAGCAAGCCUCUGCGCCAUCGCUCUGGAAUCAUGAUGUGACGUUUCUUGAUUAUUCUGCCGGUGCCACUGCAUUCAAACAGGAGAUUAUUAACAGAACCCUAGGCAGGGAUAGCAAGGUUCUGCAGAUAUCGGAAUCCUACAACGCUUGGCUCUCGGGUGUGGAGGAGUGUAAGGAUAUGAUUGAUGAACUGCAGAAGAUCAGAUGGGAUGAUAUCAUUGAGGACGACGAAGACGAGGAUGUUUUGCAGAACACUAUUGGGAUCUUAUCACAAGAUGACCCAAGUCUUCUGCAAAAGGAAUACGAAGCUACGCUGACAAAGAGCUACUCGGCGCUUCAGACAUCCCUACACAGUGCCUUGGCCAAUAUGGCUGGAUUACAUCGAGGCCGACAAGCCGCUUUCAUGCUCCGUGUCAUUAGAGAAUUUCGAGGCCAUCUCCCCAGCGGACUUUCCAGCGAGGAUCAUCUAUUCGCUGACGACCUUGUGCCAAAGCUACACGAGAUCCUUGCCAAUGAAGUUGGUUCUCAGCUCUCACCAUCUAUCUUGACCCGAGCUGUUGAGCACGGUCGUGGAGUAGGCUGUGCUGGCCGCACUUUUUGGGAAGGCAACCCGCCGCUCCCCACCCAACCAUCUCCAGCUGCGUUCAAAUUGCUAAAGAAAUUAGUUACAAUGAUGAAACAACAGGGUCCCGAUCUCUGGAACGUCGCUGCUGCGGAUAUGGUUAAAAUCAGACUCCAUAAAAUAUUUGCUGCACGAAUCUCCACAGCUAUCGAGAAGGGGGGCAGUGGUAGUUCUUCAGAUAUCAAAGACCAUACACAGGAACAACCUCCAACUGGUGAAAUUCCGGACGGCGACAAAGUCGCUACGGGAACCACGACGGAAUCGGGUGAUUCGGCUCCUGUCGCGGAUGUUUCUCCAGAAGUCGUGCGAGACCGCAAAAUCCAACUUCUCUUUGAUGUGCUCUAUCUAAGUGAAGCAUUAGCUCUGCGGGAUGCUCUAGAUUCUCAAGAGGAGGAUGAACUCAGGUCUACUAUCGGGCUCAUUAGCGAGGAUGUUGACUUCGAUGGGGACGCUGAGUUGGAGACAAUGAAGAAACGGGCUCAGGAGUAUUGGAAACAGACUCAACUUCUAUUUGGGCUGUUGGGUUGA